AAUUGCAGCGCCUUAUGAUUUUUGUGAAAUGUACAGAAACAAACGCUUAUCGUGAUAAGAAAAAAUGAGGAUAUGUGUUUAUUGAAACUUAAUAUUUCUACUGAAAGUUAACCGGUAUAAUCUGGAAACAAAAAGAAGAAGAACCAGUUGAUAACGGCAGGAAAAGUUUAGCAACCCGUUUUUAGCAUUUCACAUGCACCUCUUGCUUUGUGUGUUAAUAAAAUUCAAUUGAAGAUAUUUUAUGUGUGUGUUUUGUAAUGGUUAUAAGAGGUAAGGAUACAAAACUGCCUGAAAGAGCAGUGCAAGGAAAAGCAAAAAAGUGGACAUGAGUAAGCGAAAUUUGUGAGGAAAUAUUGGAGAUCGUAAUGAUGGUGAUUUUAAUGCCCAAUCGCAUUUUUGACAAUCAGUGGAAUUGGAAGGCGUACCAGAGUAAAGACGCUUCAUCUAUAAAUUUAAACGUUUGACCUUGAACUCGUUUAAGAAUCAAAAUCUGGUUCGCUACUGGAGGAAAUCGAAAUUUUACGGUGAGAGUUGACGGUCGAAAUCCAAGUUUCGAGCGUGAUGACUAGUUCAUCAAAUAUUGACGCACACAAUGCUUCGACGCCUGCUGGGAGCGUGGGAAACGGGCAAGGUGACCACCGGCAUAGUACGCCAUUACAGUCCCCCUAUCAACAGCACUUUGCCCAAAACCUGAACAGCCAUCACAGCCAGCAGUCAGCAUCGAUUAACCAUCGUUCCCCGAUGGUAAUGGCUGGCAACCAUAUCGGCACCACCGGUGCCAUGGUUACGCCGGUCGCCAACGGAAAGCUACACAUGUCCCCACCAGCGCCACCCGUCCGAAUGAUUUCCCGCCAGAAAACAACGGUCAGCAAGGACGGUGACGAAAAGGGAAAAACGCUACCCGCACGAGUGACGCAGAUCUACUAUCGGCACGGCCUAUUUCUGUCCAGCUAUCCGGCCUGUGCAACCAGUGUUGCAGUGGCCGUUAUUAUCUUCUGCUGCUACCCUCUGUUGAACAUACCUCUACCCGGAACAUACCCCACCAGAGUGAUAUUCCCGUACACGGACCAAAUCGGACAAAAUUUACGAUUCACCGGAAAUUCUAGCAACUCUCCGGAUCUGUACGCUCCUUUCGGUUUCAAUGGAAACAGUUUCCUCAACAUCUACAACAUUAGCUUGGAGGCUCCGUUCCCGUGGGCCCGAAUCGAUCCGCUUCUGUACGUGCAGCAGAUAAUCAUGCGCUCCAGCGUCGUACCCUGGGAGGAUGACCUGCUGCUGACGGAUGCCUUUCGGGGUCCACUGUACGAGGUGUUCAAGCUGGUUGAGAUCAUCAGCAACCACGAGGACGACAGUAAAACUACGCUUAGUCAUCUCUGCCUGCAUGUCGAAAAUGUUAAACGACCGUCCCAACAGAUGCUGUUCCCGGAAUAUAAUUGUUUGCUACUUUCGCCAGCUAAUCUGUGGCAGCAAAAUAUUCAAACGUUCAAUAAGGACAGCAACCUGCUGAAUACAGUUUUCGUCAAUCACAAUUUGCAAAAGUCGAAAGUAUCAACGUCGGAGAUGCUCUUUGGCGUAUCGUUGCGCGACACCGGUGUCAAACGAUACCCGACGCGGGUGCGUCCACGAAUCAUCCAAUACGCGGUGACGCUGAUUCUGCGCGAAAACAACCCUGCCUUCAUUGAAUCGCUCAAGCAGAAGCUCGUGAAAAACUAUCCACUGCAUGCACCGAUUGUCCGGGACGAUUCGACCCUAAAACAACAGUCACCGAAAUCGAGCAGUGAACAGUCCUCGAUCAUGUACAUCUUCUAUCCGGGCGAGUUUGAUUGGAAGGAGUUUUUGCCCCAGUGUAUUGCAAUUGUAAUGCUGUUUUGGUAUGUGUACUUCUCCGUUCGGAAGAUUGAAGUAAUACGCUCACGACUGGUGCUAGCAAGCAGUGCUGUAUUUACAGUGCUGGGUUCGCUACUGAUGUCACUGGGAAUGUGCUUCUUCUUCGGGUUGACAAUCAGUUUACAGUCGAAGGGAGUCUAUCCAUAUCUAGUGAUUUUGGUUGGACUGGAAAAUGUUCUAGUUAUCACGAAAAGCGUUCUGACAACGGAUAAUAAUUUGGAUGUCAAAAUACGCGUGGCGCAGGGAUUAUCCCGUGAGGGCUGGUCUAUAACCAAGAAUCUGCUCGGGGAAAUUACUAUUUUAACUAUCGGAUUAUGUACGUUUGUACCGGUGAUUCAGGAGUUCUGUAUAUUUGCCAUUGUCGGGUUGGCGUCGGAUUUCUUUCUACAACUGAUGUUCUUUUCGACGGCUUUGGCUUUGGAUAUCAAGCGAGUUGAGUACAGUGCAGAGGUUAGACAGCUUCCAAAGAUGUUGUACUAUAAUAGUGACCCUCGUAGGAGUGCCAACGAGGUUACCCAUAAUGGAGGCAUUAGUCGAUCGAUGUCCCACCCGAAGUUAUCUGCUCUGGAUCACAGUGGUAACCAUAUAAAGAAAAAUAGCCUGACUACGUCCGUUAAUGGUAAGGAUAAGAAAAUUCCAAAACGGUUGCGUAUCGUAAACUUUUGGGCUAAGACCAGAUUUUUUCAACGUGGCUUCAUGAUCUGGAUGAUUUUGUGGAUCUCAAAUAUUAUCUACAACUCGGGUCUGAUCGAAUACAUGAUCGACAAGAAUCUUUCAGCCCACCGGGCUGCCGGUGGAGCAAGUAAAUUAGACAUUCCGUUGAAUGAUUUGCAUGAUCUCAAAUCCGCCGAAGCCGGCGGUUACUUGAACUACAAUCACUAUGCAUCGCAAGCAGAGCUGAAUGGAAAUAGUGAGCGAAUUUUGAACAUCACUGAACAAUUAAAACGUUUAAAGCACCCGGACUAUGAAACUGUUUAUCAGCUGUCGAACUUUCACUGGUCGUCGAUCUUGAAGCAGUACAAUAUAUCACUUUCGGGGCGCUACGUUACCGUAUUGCCGGCGAUUAAAUUGUCACAUGCAGUUAGUCCACAGGUGGCUUUAAAACUGCGCAACCCAGACGAACAAGCUCCGCAUCAUUUCCAGUGGAAGGCUUUGGCAGCUGCCCUUGAUCCAUUGGAUUUGAACGACAUAGACACGGGAGACAACCCAAAUAUAAACGAUGGAAAUGCACCCUUUUAUCCCAAGACACCCAUGGAGAUAAUUUUGAGCUGUGUUUUGAUUGCGGUUAGCAUAUUUGGAGUGACGUACGGUUUAAUCGUUAUAUACCGCUGCAUGUGUACAAGAAAUUACGCAGAGUGGCGUGCCAGUUGGCACGAUAGUGAGAGUGAAACAGAACCCAACCAGGAACAACGCAUUUUAGAAGGAGUCCCUGUUCAAAUAGACGGGCACAAGCAUCGAAUAGAGUGUUUAGUAACGGACGGUAACAUGAUUGCGAGUUCUUGUCUACAAGGUCAAGUUAAAGUUUGGGAUGUUACGAAUGGCGAACUGGUGUCGGAAAUUCACCGGACGAAUCACUUCGAAAUGCAGCGAAAAGAAAGCCGGCGUUCUCCUCGAGAUUCAGUCAUAAUCAAAAGUGAACACUCUAGCGCCAAUGUUACCGGAAUGCAGGAGCUGUUUCCCGAGAGUUCUCCGACUAGCUUUGCUUACAAGCUGAAGAAAAAACUCCAGUUUAACUUUACCGAUUACGAUCAUCAACAUGAGAAACAAAACGCAGAUUCUGUGAAUCCAGUCAAGUUGAAUUUCGCUGCUCAGUUUGAGAAAUAUUUUACUCGCGAACGAGAACCGACAAAAAAACACGGGCUCUGUAACGGCGGUAUUGCUACCGACCAUCUGCGGAAUCGUUUUCUGACGGCAGCAACAGCUACAAAUUCCCCAGCAUCCCAGCAGUUUAGACGUUCGUGCAGUGGGGAAGACGACCUGCGGCAGCAACAUGUUGGGAUUGGUGAGUGCUCUCAACCGCCUGGAAGGAAAAAAAUCUACCAGACCUCACCGAUUUGGUGUUUGGAUUUCUUGGACAAUCUCAUCGUAAUAGGGUGCGCCGACGGGCGGUUAGAAUUUUGGGAAGGGACGACUGGUAACUUCAAGGGCAUUUACGAAGCUGAGAAUACCCGUAACAAUGGGGUAACGAACAUCAAACUGACCGGUGACAAAGUAAUAGUGGCGAGACUGAGUGGACGCAUCGAUUUCCUCCGGUUGGAGACCUACACGCAGGGACGACAAAUUGACUGGGGCUUUACGUCAGCAUACAGGAGGACACACGUUCGAACCGGUUCGGCGGGUAGCAUUAGCCUCUCUCAACAGUCACACCCGGGUAAUAACACAUCCGAAGAGGAGCUUCGUUGCGUGCUGGAAUUCCACCAGCAGGGCCAUCAGAUGCCGGUAACAUGCCUGGAAGCGUCGGGUGUUACCGUUAUGACGGGCAGCCAAGAUCACACGGUGAAGGUUUUCCGUCUCGAUAGCCACGUGUUGCAAUAUACGUUGCACGGUCACUGCGGCCCGGUGACUUGUCUUUUCAUUGAUCAUUGGCAGGCCGGAAUGGGCGCUUCCGGUUGUCAGGAUGGGGUACUCUGUGUAUGGGACCUAAUUCGAGGUGCUUGCAUGUACAAAAUAGAGGCGCACGAUGACUCCAUCGUUUCCCUUGCCUGUUCGCCAAGUUAUGUGAUCUCGCUAGGAUUGGACGAACGAAUACGGGUCUGGGACCGCUUUCAGGGCCAACCGCUCAGUACUAUGACCGUCAGUCAUGCCUAUUCGUCGCUAGUGAUGCUUACGCCGUCCUUGCUCGUCACCGGAAAGCCAGGUUCAUUGGUAGUUUGGGAUGUCCGAACUGGAGAGGUGGCUCGAGAGGUUAAACUGGAUUGCUCCAAUUCACAGCUCAGCCCGAAAAUAAUGCUGCCAGCCUGUGGUUCUGUGAUCUGUGACUACGGCAAUCAGAUGAGAAUUGUUCGCUUUCCGCUUGUCGCUGCGGAUAAAUGUGAAUAAAGCAAGACAAAAGACUUUACACAAAACCGAAAAUUUUACAUAACAAAACAAAGUUAUUACUCAGAGUAAUGCAAAGCAACCAGUUACGUCGUCUAAAGAUACUAAAAGUAGCGUAGUUAUAGUUUUUUCUCACUCGAGAAUAGGACCUAAGCUUGAUAUAAUCUAAGUCGGGAAAAGUCGCUGUGUGUUGGCUAUUUUAUUUAUUUUUUCCGCUCGGAGGUCUGUUGUUUCAAACUGUAGCUUUAGUGUAGUUUUGCUCAAUAUUUACCCAGUUAUCUGUUCAUGUUGCGGCGAAAAUUUUCGACCAUAAGCAACAGUGCAGCUCUCUAGUGAAGGUUGAUUUCGUUUUAAUAAUUUAUUGUGUUAGAUAUUUUGCUUUUUUAGACUGUAGAGUUUAAUUGCCAUGGAAGUAAUAGUUGAUAACGAAGGUGUCCUUAUUAAUAAUCUUGAAAACAAAUGUACCAGAUGAAACCUUUCUCAGAACGGUGAGGGCCUUUGAAUACGAAAAUAUGAAAUUAAUGUAUUGAUAGACGAAGGAGAAUUCAUUUUCAGAAUAGGGUUAGACUCCUAGUGCUACAAUAUCACUUACAAAAACCAACCUACACUCACGCAUAUGAAUAACAUAUAAGUAUGUAUACUAGCAAUAAUUUGACCAGAAGAAAUUAUGAAACAUGAAUAAAAAAAACUAAACGUAA